GAUGUUGUAAGUUAAGGCGCGCAUUCCAAUCGUAGACCAGUUGGCGCGAUGGUUUUAUUGGCUGCUUCUAUUUGUACUCGAGAUGGGAAAGCUUUGGUAUCUCGACAGUUCGUAGAAAUGACAAAGGCGAGAAUAGAAGGAUUGAUCGCUACCUUUCCAAAACUCCUUGGCACAGGUAAACAGCAUACUUUUGUCGAAACUGAAUCCGUACGAUAUGUCUAUCAGCCACUGGAGAAAUUGUAUGUUCUCUUGAUAACUACAAAAGCAAGUAAUAUACUUGAAGAUUUGGAGACAUUGCGACUUUUCGCAAGAGUAAUACCUGAAUAUGGUUGUGGUACAGAUGAAAGUGAUAUUAUUGCACACGCUUUUCAACUUAUAUUCGCUUUUGAUGAAAUCAUAGCUUUGGGCUAUCGGGAAGAUGUCAAUCUCUCUCAGAUACGUACCUAUACAGAAAUGGAUUCACAUGAUGAGCGAGUUUUCCGUGCUGUUCAAGAGAACAAGGAACGUGAUGCUAAAGAGCAUAUGAAACAACGUGCCCGGGAACUACAACAAGCCCGAAUGGAAGCUGGUAAACGAAGCGGUAUGAAUAUUUCUGGCUUCUCAAAUUAUAGAGGUGGAAUGUCAAUGGGUAGCGGUUUAACCAAUGAUCUGAAUGAACCUCGUGUGAUUGUCAUGAAAGAUCGUCUGGGCGAUGGAAGUACAGACAAUCUCGGCUUGUCUACCACAAACGUGACAAACAGUCUGUCCGUUAAACGAAGCGGAAUGCAACUUGGGGGUCAAAGUGGUACAAAAAAUGUCGAUCAAUUUGUCGAUCGUUUAAUGGCUGAAGGUGAAGUAGUCAAUGAGGAUGUCAUGAAAAUGGUUAGUGGUGGAACAGGUGGAGUUCAUAACACAGUUAGUAGUCUAAACUCUACAGUAUCUCAAAAAUCUAAUUUGAAAAAAGAAGAUUUACAUUUACGUAUUGAUGAAAAGUUAAUUAUACAAGCAGGUCGUGAUGGUGGUUUAGAAAGUAUGGAAUUACAAGGAACAAUGUUUGCACAAGCUAAUACAAACGAGGUGUGUACAGCUAAAAUUAGAGUAGAUACAAGUUUGUGUACAAAUCCUACCAGUGAACAUCGACCACCUGUACAACUUCAAACACAUCCAAAUAUUGAUAAAAAAGUUUUUAUGUCCACUGGUUGGAUUCAAAUCAAAUCCGGUGGUAAACCAUUGCCCACUGGUCAAGAAGUUGGUAUUUUAAGAUGGCGUUUCCAAACACAAGAUGAAAGUGCUCUUCCGAUAACAGUCAACUGUUGGCCAAAUGAAAUACCUGGUGGUUUCGAGGUCAAUGUCGAAUAUGAGUUGCAGGAUACAGAAUUACAGUUAGAAAAUUUAGUCAUGUCUAUACCACUGCCCCCUUCAUCUAAACCACCAUUGGUUGGUAAUUGUGACGGUGAAUAUGAAUUAAAUCCUCGGAAUAAAAAUCAAUUGGAUUGGUCUAUCCCAUUAGUCAAUGCUGACAAUGCAUCAGGAUCACUGGAAUUCACCUUGAAAACAGAACGUGGUUGUCAAGCCGAACAAUUUUUCCCAUUGAAGUUAGACUUUAAAUCAAAUAAACCAUAUUGUGGAAUUCAGGUAAUAUUUUUAUUUAUUUAUUUUUUGAUUAGAGCUUGAUUCUUCCACACCGUAUUUUUGGUACAAGCAUGGAAUUUUCAGCAUAUGUUAUCGGUAGCCCAAAUUUUGCAGGCCGACCAUACAUGAUAUCAGGUGUGCGUCGGCAGGAGAUUGAACCCCGGACCAUGUGCAUGAUCGGCGAGCGUCAUAACCGUUGUGCCACCGACGCACAGAUGAGUUACCUGAAAUUCUGCUGCCAAUCGUCAUAACUUGGAAAGAAAAAGUUAGUCAACCCCAGAUAGAUAGAGAUAUACUCAGCAAUUUGCCUGUGUAUUGCUUUGUCGCAAUGGAGUUGUUCGGCAUCACUUCUUUUUGUCCUCUGUGGAUUAAAAUGACGAAAUCGGCACAUUGUGUUCGUCCACACGCCUACAAAACCUACCCAAAAUCUGGAUAAUAUCGAUCUCCCCCGUUUCUUAGUGUCUACUGCACGGUUAUCCUGAAACUCUAGUGAGAUAAAGUCGUAGCUCCAGUGGGUUGGUUGGUUGGCGGUAGCUUGGUAUAUCAUGAAUUGAUUGGAGUGGAGUUCGAAUUUGUACAAGUCAUUGAAAUCCGUCUCAGUCAGUGGCAGUGACUGAAUCAUCAGCGAGCCGGCCUUGUAACCACCUGAAGCAAGAGGUGGUCCAGGGUUCGAAUAAGGAUAAAAACGUUACGUAACAUUGUGUCGAACUUCGACAGCAUAGAAUUUAACGCUUCAAAACAAAAUUGAUCUAGAAUGACAAGUGGAAUGAGUAAAUUCAUACCAGGGGUGCGUCGGUGGCAUAGCCGUUAGGACGCUCGUCGACCAUACACAUGGUCCGGGGUUCGAUCCCCAGCCACUGACGCACUCCUCCUUUACCUCGAUAAGCCAGAAAUAAUGAUGGCAAAGAGGAAAGGUCGGGCGUGAGGCUGGCUUGCAACCCCAUCCUGUAGAAUUAAACACCACUGCUACAGAAACUUCAACUACUAGCUUGAAGCCCUGUGUUCCACUGUAGAACGUGAAGGAAAAAAAGAAGAAACAGGAAAGGACAAAUUCACAGUGAGAAUAACAAUAAUUAGUAACAAAUGACAUGAUAAAGGAUUAAUGUAGAAAUUGAAUAGACAAAACGCAAAAAUAAUAAUUAAUAGAGCUAAAAUAUGAUUACGGAUAACCAUACUUUAGCAUAAAGAGAGGGAUUAAGAUAUCAUGAAGGUUGGAGGAGUUGAAGGAACUUCUUCUAUAUAUACACACAGAGAUCUGACUUUUCUGUUUUGAUGACCAACGCUUCAGCAAUGUGUAGAUGUGAUGACUCAGUGAUUUGGUCAAAUUAUUUUUCACCUUGUAAAUGAAGCUGUAGAUAGAGGGUGAUCAGUAUCGACUAGAUGUUCAAUGAUUGCACUUCUUAUUGCUCCGCUUCCACCUCUUCGUAACUACCAUGCAGGAUAAUGUUCUUGUACCCUCUUGGAAAAAGCUCGAGUUGAACAACCUAUAUACCUUUAGUUGCACAUGAGCAGGUGAAUUGAUAAAUGCUCAUAUAGUUGGUUAACUGAGGGAUCUUGGCCUUCAGGUUAUUGAAAGCCCAUAUGUAUAGGAUUGUAAAGCUUGAUAAUAAACUCGUUGGCGGGAGUCUCUUCUCUGAAUCACUUGUUUUGAUUUUCUAUAUGUCCCAAUGGGAAUUUUUCACGACCAUAUGUAUAUAUAUAUAUAUAUAUAU